AUGGGCAAACGCCUCCCAUCCGGGGUUCAGAUCCUGCAUUUCGUAGGCGGCGAUGUACUCGAGAAUAUUCACCCAAGAGUUGCGGCUGACAAAAAUGUUGAGAAUGAUUUGAAAGCGCGAAUUGAUGUAUUGUACGCUGAAACGGAUGCCAUUAGAGCAUCUCGAGAGGCUAAGCAGCAAGAAUUGUCUAACUUCUGGGCUACAUAUGCUGCUAAGCUUGAAGAAGUACAGGUUCUACAUCGUGAAAUAUGGAAAAUUCGGGAUAAGCGGCUUGCAAAAUCUAUCGACAAAUUGAUGAUAUUAUCAACAGUGAUUCACGCUGUUGAAAGGGUGGUUGAAGAGCAAGGGGUGAAUGUUGUGGGUGAGGAUGCUGGAAAUGAGGGAGUUAAUUUACAGGGGAGGGCUGAUCCUAUUGAAGAGAAUAUAGUUGGUGAGGGAGAUAUAGGGAUGGGAGAAGCGUAUGAGGAAGAAAAUGCUAAUGAGGAUGGAGAUGCACAAAUUGUUGAAGAUGAUGAUGGUGAAGGAAAUGAAGAUGGGGAUAGUGUUCACAAUGAUGAUUGCGAGAAUGAUGCUGGAGGUGAACAUAGCGUGGAUGGCAAUGAUGUUGAUGUCGAACAUGACGAAGAGGUUGGACAGAAGGUUGAUGCUGAAUAUAAUGAUGUUGGAGAUGGAGUUAACUUUGGGGUUGAUGAUGAUGAUGAUGAUAUCGGUUAUGCGGAGGAAGAUGAUGUGCAGGAGUCUGGGUUGGAUGGUGGGGACAAAGAUAUGGAUCAUAAUGCUCAGAGGUACUGGUCUGAUGCCAAUUCAGACUCAUCACUUGAUUCUGAUGCAUAUCGUCGCACCCCACGCAACUUUGAUAGAAUUGGUUAG